CUAGAAAUCUAAAUAAACCCUUCUUCCACAAAAUAAGCAUUACAACUGUCAACGGCGAGCCAGGGUUGAAAUAUACCUUUCUCCCUUUCGCUUGACAAUUAUACCUCCAUCAUCUCCUUCUUCUCCUUCUUGUCUACUCAACUCCUCGAAACUCUCUAAAGUUUUCCUACUUUUAUUGUAUCUGAGCUGAAUCGAUCAGAGCCAUACACUGAUUCUUUUACUUUAUUCUGAAGUGAAUCGAUCAGAGGCAUGGCUACCGCCGGAAACAAGAACAUGAACGCCAAGCUGGUGCUCCUAGGAGAUGUUGGAGCUGGAAAAUCAAGUCUGGUAUUGCGUUUUGUUAAAGGACAAUUUAUUGAAUUCCAGGAAUCUACGAUAGGAGCUGCUUUUUUCUCACAAACAGUGGCAGUGAAUGAUGCAACUGUGAAAUUUGAAAUAUGGGACACAGCAGGUCAAGAGAGGUACCACAGUUUAGCUCCAAUGUACUAUAGAGGAGCUGCAGCUGCCGUAAUUGUGUAUGAUAUAACAAAUCAAGCAUCCUUUGAACGAGCUAAAAAAUGGGUCCAGGAACUUCAGGCACAAGGUAACCAGAACAUGGUUAUGGCACUUGCUGGAAAUAAAGCUGACUUGUUAGAUGCAAGAAAGGUUGCACCCGAGGAAGCACAAAAAUAUGCAGAGGAAAAUGGGCUUUUCUUUAUGGAGACGUCUGCAAAAACUGCAACCAAUGUCAAUGACGUUUUCCAUGAAAUAGCAAAGAGGUUACCCCGUCUGCAGCCUGCACCAAAUCCAUCGGGCAUGGUUCUUAUGGACAGAUCUGCUCAAAGAGCCACCACUACCAGUUCUUGCUGCGGUUAACCUCCAUUAUCAUAUGUGCAGCGGAGAAAUGCACCCUGUUGGUCUGUAUCUAUAUUCUUAUGUUUGGUUAAAUAUAAUGAGUUGUGUUGUCAACUCCUGCACAGGAAUUUGUUUAGAGUGUUGAAUUGGCCUUUCAUGAAUUCUAUUUCUACACACAACAGUCAUACUCUCCAGUGAUGUCUUUAUGUAUUCAUACAAAAUCUGUCACAAGAGCCAUGAAUGCCAUAAUAGUAAAGAACAAUUCUCUA